GCUAGCAACAGUCCAGACGCAAUAAUCGCGUUCGUGAUAAAAUUCGAGUGUUAACUGCGAAAAAUCCUAAAUUUGUGACGUAAAACAAGUUAUUUUAUCUAGUAAUGGCUACUCCAGUACCGGAAGGAUUGGAUGUCACGGAUCUCAAAUUCAAGCUACAGAGUAAAGUUGCAAUUUUCAAGGGAGAUGGCAACGUCAAGAAUAGCUGUAACUUGCUUGCAACAGCCAGCGUUUAUGGAUUAAUUUUUUCCGGUACGACGGGACCAAACUUUAAAGUCUUACAGUUGAAGGAUAUCACCACGGAACGAGCAGUAGAUGUGGCUGUUCCAUUGCGCACAGUUCCACUACCGAGUGAGCCGUUUCAAAUGGCAACCAGCUGUGACCACGAAUUGUUAGCGGUUGAUGUUAUUUCUAAUAAUGUUCCCUUAAUCCACAUUUAUUCGGUAGCAUCAUUUCUCACACCAUCCAUCAGAAAGCUACAUGAAAUCAGAACAUCGCCAGAGGGUAUAGUUCGAAGUACGCAGCUAUUGUGGAAUCCAGUGAUCCACAACAUGUUCUCGUUACGCACGGAAAACGGCGCCCUUUCGGUGUAUACUUUGAAGGAGCCAACAGGUUUAGAAUUUCAUUCUCUGGAUAAAAAUGAAGGGACAAUUUGUGCUUGCUGGAGCCCCAAAGGAAAGCAACUGGUUGUUGGGUUUGCCAACGGUAAGCUUGUUCAGUACAAGCCUGACCUAAAAUUGGCACGGACAAUUACCUGUCCCGUUGGUGUUAUGGACGGAAAUUUCGAUGUUAUCGCGUUGCAAUGGUUAUCAACGUACCAAUUUGCUGCCGUAUUUUUACCCAGAGCAGAUGACAGUGUUCCGGCGCUGUUCAUCGUGAAUGCACCGAAAACAGGAAAUCCAGUUUUUAUCAACUAUGACGAUAUUUGCUAUAGUCAAAGCGUACCGCGAAAAGGGCAGAUAUUUUUGCAACACAUUCUUCCAUGGAAUCUUUUGUUAAUGGCAUCAGCGAAUAGUAUGGAGGUUGGAAUCUUGGGAACUACUGAGACGGGGGAAACACCCACCUGGUACCAGUGGACUACGACGGACGAAGCGCGAGCGGAACUUCCAUUAUCUUCGGACAAGCAGGAAACUUUUCCAGUAGGAAUGGCGCUAGAAACCGGUUGCACUCACGUUCUUACCAUUAGUGAGCAAACGUUUCCAGUGAUGCCGAUGAUACAUUUGUUAUCAACUUACGGUUUUUUGGUGUCAUUCAACAUCCUGAAUCUUACUCCAAAUAUUCCAAAUAUCUGUUCACCGCCAAAACCGGUCGCAGAUACUUCCGGUAAAUUUCAAAUAAUGGAUAGCAAGCCGUCAGUUCCGGCUGUGAACGCAAUAGCUCCUACGGUUGCAUCACAAGCGGGUGACAUUUCUUUUGCUGUACCAGCGGGAGCUACAUCUACACCAGCUGUGGCGAAAUCCAAAUCAUUCUUCAGUCCCAGCGAAAACAAAUCUCCGAUGAAUCUUUUUGGAGGAGGAUCUUCUACCAAUUCAGCCAAUGCUGCAAUUGUCCCUACUUUUGGUAAGCAGAUUGCUUUUGCUGCAUCCCCUUCAACUACGACCGCGGAGCCAGUAAAAACGAAUCCUUUUGGAAGCGCGCCUAAUGCAUUCGCACAAACCGGGCAGGCAUUCGCCCAGCCUCAAGCUCAGUCAUCUCUUCUGAAAGCAACAUUAGCUCAACCACAAAAGACCCCAGAAUCAGCCAAGCCCUUGGUGACGGUUCCUUCAACCUACACACCUUCGCCACAGAAUCAAGUUCAACGGUCUGGUUCCAACGGAAACCUUUCCCAGCAGCCCCAGAAAUCUGUUCAGAAGAAACCCGAUUCCUCCGACGACACAAACACCGAGAUUCGUUCGAUGAUUUCCGAAGAAAUGCGGAAGUUCGAGGAUGAGCUUUCCGCUUUAAAGCAUCGUUGCAAUUCGCUCAACACAACUGUUGGUUCGAAGGAAGAAUGCGCCACGAUCGUCAAGAACCUAAAAGAACUCCAUGAUUUGAGUAUCCAAGCAACGGAAAGCACCGAUUCUCUUACUUCAGAUGUUCAAGCCUUGCGGCUGGGUCUGAACGAGGCCUUUGCUAUGGUAGCCGAAGCAAAUAGUAAGAACGCGAUCUACAAACAUCCAAGCCCGAAUCAGUUCCAGGAAACUCAUGCCAUGUCCCAAUCCAGCCGAAGGCAACUUACAAGUCUUCAGAACAUGCUGGCGGUCAACAAAAAUCAGCUGCAAAUCGUCAACAAACAUAUCGAUGCUCAAUGGUCGACCUUUCAGGAAGCAAACCGAGUCAACUCGAAACAAAGAAUGCACGUUCCAAGCUUGGAAGUACUUUAUCAAACGUUAUCUAAACAGCAAGAAAUUUUAAAUAGACAACGCGAGAAGCUGAGUUUCAUCAAGGGGCGCCUCGGUAUGCGCGAAAGCAUUCGUGGGUUGGAAAAAGGACAUCGGAAGGAUCCGCAUGGUGGAGAACACGGAGCAGCCAUCGAUUCUUUGACCGAUUCCAUUAUUUCGAUGACAAUCGCUGAUCAAGUUCGAAAAGAUGCAAUACAAAUGAAUGAUGCUAAAAUGAGUUCUUUGCGAAACGUUCUACGGAACAGAAGAAUCGUAACAAUCAAACCUGGCAGACCGGAUCGGGUUGGCCUAAAUUCCGAAGUAAUUCGUGAGAGAAGAAACGAGGUUCGUCGGAUUAAUCUGGAAAAGGGAAAAGUUCAGACCGAAACUGUCUCAGCUCCUACCCCAGCCGCGGCUGCUCCGAAAAAAGUAGAAAAAGUUAAACCCAAGCCGAAAAUAAUUGAGCAGGAAGCAACGCCAGUAAUUGCUCCGGUUAAAUCUACCCCUAUUGUAGCCGCAAGAGAAACAGUUCAAGAAUUUGAAUUACCCAAAGCAAUGGGUUUGCCGUCAUUCGGCUCUAAGCACAAUUCCGUGUCACCUGCAGUAGCGACAACGGUAACACGCCCUGUAGCCCCCUCACCGACAGCGGCAGGGACAUUCAGUUUUACACCUUCGACGUCGAUGGUACCAACCGCUGCGACUACGACAAAAACGGCAACGGUUUUUAGUGCGUCGACGGCUACCGCUGCCGGUACGGUACCUGUUUUUAGCUUUGGACAAUCAACGCCGAGCUUCGGUCAGCCGACUAAAGCUAAAGAAAACAUCGCUAAGGAAACAGUGCUAUUCGGAAACACCACCAUUAAACCGGUCACAGCUGCAACCAAAAAUGUUUCAACAGACAAAGAAAACCAGGAGCCCACACAGAAGCCCACCCCAUUAUUUGGCUUUGGUAGCACAACUAUUCAGGCCGUUUCUAAGGUGGACAGUUCUUCAGAACCAAAUAAAUCUGUGCUAACCUUUGGGUCUAACUCCGCCGCGAACAGCAAACCAUCCACGUUCUCGUUUGGAGCUCCUGCCGGUGGCCCACCUAGUUUCAGCUUAUCGCAGUCUGCUUCGCCAGCCCCCGUUUUGAAUUUGGCUAAGGAAAGGGAUUCGGUACCAAAAAAAGUCGAAAAAGCUAGUGCUGAAAUAAAAACGGAUGAGCAAACUCUUGCGUCAGGUACAGAUGAUACCAGAGCAGGCAAAGAAAGUGUUAAAACCGCAUUCCCUGCACUAACAAAUUUACUGAAACCUGUCAGCCAUGGCGUAACGGACGCCUCUAAGUCUUCCAACUUGUUUGGAACUGAAUCCAAAACUACACCUGCACCUAUAUUCGGGAUUCCAUCGACAACUCCAAGCACCGGGCUUUUUGGAAGCAUAAAAAAUACAGCUACACUUCCAACUAUCUCUUCUUCUAGUAGCAUUCUUACCGGAGAAGCAACAGUGUCAACCGCUUUCAGUGCGCCGGUUGGCACUACAGAGAACACGACCACAACCGCUACAGUUACAAGCACAACGACGACUAUGCUCGGUUCCAUAAAAUUACCCACUACCACUAGCACCUCUUCAGGAUUGUCGUUCGGUAGCAUCGGAGUCCCUGCAAAGCCGACAGAUUUGUCUAUAAAGUCGGAUGUCGCAUUUGGAUCGGCAAAAUCUUCAUUUAUAUCUCCAGUGGUUGCAGCGGCGACGGUCACUGCUUCCAGUGCAUCAUCCACGACAGCUACUGCAGCUACUCCCAGUUUCUCGUUUGGAUCUGUCACAAUGCCAACAGCAGUGUCUUCAAGCGCGAUUAGUCUAACCACCGCAGCAACAUCAACCACUGACACAACAACAAACUUGUUCGGAGCCUUCAAUAUUUGUUCUCCGGUUGCAACAACUGCAACGAAGUCUCCCACGGGAAACAUAUUUGGAAGUACUUCUUUCACAGCUGCAAAAACUGAAACCACUUCAAUCUUUGGUACCAACUCCGGCGGCAUAACCACCGCUUCUACUUUUGGUACGGCAGCCACAGAUGCUUCCAAAGAUUCUGCCAAUGUUUUCGGUAACACUCCAGCUGCUGUUGUUAGCACGUCACCUCAAACAGGAUUGUUCAGUUCGGUGGUGGCAACCAGCAGUGCGGGAUCAUCAAUGUUUGGCGGUAGUACGGUUACAGCUGGUUCGCCGUUCAUUGCUACUGCACCAGCUCCAGCUGGCGAAGGUCUGUUCGGAUCUGUCAGUACACCAGCAACGGGUACUCAAGGUCCCAUUUUCGGAGGUGCAGCCACUAGCGCCCAGCCAUCUGCAAGUGCAUUCGGAUCGAUAACUGCUCCAACGGCGACAACAGCUUCCAAUAUCUUCGGCAGUGCUACUAGUGGCACAAUGUUCGGUUCGACGGGCACUACGUCGACAACGGGUGGAUCAUUUUUCGGAGGAACGGCCUCCUUCAGUAAUACUAGCGCGAGUUCAGGGAACAUAUUUGGAUCCACUGGAUUCGGUUCGACAGCAUUUGGACAACCAUCCUCACCGCAAUCCGGCCAGUCAAUAUUCGGCGGAGCGAGCAAUUCUUCAGGCUUCGGUAGUACCAGCUUCGGAGCAUCCUCAGCAGGAGCAUUCAGUCAACCUACCGGUGGUACUGUAGCGCAGGCUGGUUUCGGUUCGCCGAACGCAUCCGCUUUCAAUAAGCCUACUUUUGGAGGACCUGCAGCUUUCGGUGGAACGCCCGCAUUUGGUGGCACACCUACAUUCGGUGCAACACCUGGUUUCGGUAGUCCACCUGCGUUCGGUAGUAAACCCUCGUUUGGCGUCACUAGCGGGUUCGGUCAAGCACCGCUGAGUCCUUCUACGCAAUCAAACAACCUUUUCGAGCAGCUAGGAUCAUCUACGUCCGGAGUAUCCUUCGGAAAUCUUGCCCAGCAACCGACGCAGAAGUCACCGCAAUUCGGUGGAUCGUCAUUUUCGAGCUGGAGGUCGUAGAGCCUGGAUAAGCAGGUAGAGUAAGCUUAAAAACUGUGUAUGUUAUGUGUUAUGACUAUAAUGACAGCUCCAUUUUAUUUA